AUGCGGCUUGCGGUCGAGAUCUUCUGCGGGACAGGAUUUUUUUUGGCAAAGCUUAAGACAUUGCUGAACACUGAGGGUGAGUCGCCGCGAUGCCGUCCCAAUCCUAUCGCGGCAUUGCCCAUCGUCCCUUUCUUUAAAAUCCUCAUCGUCUUCCACUCCUCAAUCCUCAUCGUCCUCCUGACUCCUGACCUCCUCUUCUGCAGAUCUGCUUCAGUCUUCACCGACCGCUCGCCGGCGCGGUCGUCUCCUCCACCUCCCCGGCAUCCCCCGGCCGCAGAACCGCCCGUGCCCACCUUGAUCUCCCGCAACCUCCUCGCCUCCCUCCCGUCCCCUGAGUCCCUGACUCCCGUCUUCUUCACGUCAGCCCGCUGCACUUUUUGCAUCCUGGGCGUUCUCGAAUCUCGACGGUUGCGUCUUCGGCCUCUUCUCCAACUCCAUCCAUCAGUCUCCGGCACCGCUUCUCACCGUCAAGCCUCUCUUAACGAGUUUGCCUUAGGCCCCCAAAUGCAUUGGGCCGCCCUGAUAUUUAUUUUGCCACUGGUUAUCUAAGUUUUGAGCAGCUUCAUCUUUUUUGUAAGAGUAUCCAAUAACAGACUUGAUCAACCAAAGGCUUCGAAAAAGAUUUUGCUUAAAAGAAGGCCUAGUAAAAUAUACAACUUCUAGGACUCUGUGAGAAUUAGUGCUUUACAGGCAUGGAAAAUGAGAAGCCUAAGGACAAGGUCUUACUGCCAAAAACUGGAACAUUUAAAUGAGAAGAUAAAAUCUUGUCGAGAUUAGGAUCACUGUUUUCUAACAGGCAUGCACAAAUUGAGAGGAUUAGCCUGACUUAGUAGUCUCCUCCUGUUGCAUUGGCAAACAAGAUUUAUAUCUUAAAUAGGUAUAAAGAGAGAAGCAUAGAAGGAAAACAAGACAAAUCAGAAGUAAGAUUAUAAAGUACAUGGAAUUAGCCGGUCUGUCUGUGUUCAGAGCAAAUAAUUAAUGAACAAGGAGGAAAUGCUACAAUUAGAAUUCCACCAUUCAUCAAAAAAAAAAAAA